CCUGCCCCGCGACGCGCCGGCGGCUGGCGCAGCCCUUCGCUCGCCCGGCCUCCCCCUCCCUGGUUCCGUGCUCGGGUUCCGCCAUGGAAUCCAACAAGGAUGAAGCCGAGCGCUGUAUCAGCAUCGCCCUCAAGGCCAUCCAAAGCAACCAGCCCGACCGGGCGCUGCGCUUCCUGGAGAAGGCGCAGCGGCUGUACCCGACGCCAAGAGUCACCGCUCUGAUCGAGUCCCUCAACCAAAAAUCACAGUCCGCCGGUGAUCAAUCUCAACCCACAGACACAACCCAUACCACCACCAGGAAGACAAGCGGGACCGAAACCCCCUCAGCCAACGGUGAGGCAGGAGGAGGAGAGAGCACCAAGGGCUAUACUUCAGAGCAGGUGGCAGCUGUGAAAAGGGUCAAGCAGUGUAAAGAUUACUAUGAGAUCCUUGGGGUAAGCAGAAGCGCCUCAGACGAGGACCUGAAGAAGGCCUACCGCAAACUGGCCCUCAAAUUCCAUCCAGACAAGAACCACGCGCCUGGGGCCACCGAAGCUUUCAAAGCCAUUGGCACAGCAUAUGCCGUCCUCAGCAACCCGGAGAAAAGGAAACAGUACGACCAGUUUGGUGAUGACAAGAACCAGGCUGCCCGGCACGGCCAUAGCCACGGGGACUUCCACCGAGGCUUUGAAGCCGACAUCUCCCCAGAAGACCUCUUUAACAUGUUCUUUGGUGGUGGCUUUCCUUCCAGUAACGUCCAUGUCUACAGCAAUGGCCGAAUGCGAUACACCUACCAGCAGAGACAGGACCGCAGAGACAACCAGGGUGAUGGCGGGCUAGGAGUAUUCGUCCAGCUGAUGCCCAUCCUCAUCCUCAUCCUCGUGUCGGCGCUCAGCCAGCUCAUGGUGUCCAGUCCACCCUACAGCCUGAGCCCCAGACCGUCAGUGGGCCAUAUCCACAAGCGAGUCACUGACCACCUGAACGUCGCGUACUACGUGGCAGACACCUUCUCUGAAGAGUACACAGGCUCUAGCCUCAAAACAGUUGAACGGAAUGUGGAAGACGAUUAUAUCGCCAACCUCCGAAACAACUGCUGGAAGGAAAAGCAACAGAAGGAAGGCUUGCUGUACCGAGCCCGAUACUUUGGUGACACAGACAUGUACCACAGAGCACAGAAGAUGAGCACCCCGAGUUGCAGUCGGCUGUCAGAGGUGCAGGCCUCCCUGCAUGGAUAGUUCUGGGCCAGCCACACCACCCAGACUAUGAAAUCCCUGGAGAAUUUUUGGUGACACACACUGAGCCAGCCAAGGUGAUGGACUAUAUAUUUAAGUAAAGACAUGCACAGAAAAAAUUAAAAUGGACUGGAGGCCGAACACCGCACAACCGUCCUCUCUCAGCCCGUGAAUGCGGAAAGCUCUUAGGACGGACAGAAAGCCUGCCUGGGGCUGCUUCCUCCUCUCCCAGGGCUGGCAAGAAGCUCUGCAUCGCCGGCUCCUAGGAUACCGAAACCAUGGCAACGAAAGUAGAAUGUAAAACUUGCAGCAAAUGUCUGUGGGGAAGGACUGGGGGAGGGGAUGCCCCACUGUCUCUCCUCCCCCUCCCUGGAGCUGCCACCAGUCACUCCCAGGAGAAACCAGGCAGAGGCAUGGGCCAAGGAACAGAGGAGAAAAUUCCAGAGAACAUAACUUAGAAAUGCGUACGUAUGUAUAUAUAUCUAUUUAUAUGUAAAUAGACAUAUAUAAAGAUAUAUAUAUAUAUAUAAAGUCUUUUAAAACUAUGCAGGGAUUGGAUUAAGAUGUUCAGCUGACUUGCUCCAUACUUUAGAAAACCGGGCCUGUUUGGGAAGGCGGCCUGGCUUUCAAAAGCUUGACAGUAACUGUAGCCGACAGCAUAGGGAAAGUCAGAUCAGACACUGUUAGUGUUGCCCUUAGCCCCAGCCUGACUGAUGGCAGCAGUAAUCAUGGUGGUACAAAUCCAUAGAAAACUCCCAAAGGUCUCCAGGCUUAUGGCUAAGGUGGGGGAGCAAGCUGGGGGCAGGAACGGUGCCUGCCCCUGGAGAUAGCUGCUCAGUAUUGGGCCAUAGCAGAGAUCUCAGACAAGGCCCGCUGGGAAGAGGCCUGCUCCUCACGCUGCCUCCUCCUUGGCCAGCCUCAGGUGGGCUCUCUGCCCUAAUGCCCAGGAGCCCUGCAGCCACUCCCCUGCCCAUACCUCUUCCCCACCCAAGUCCCCAGGUGGGUUUGCCUUACAGGUGCCACAGGGCACAGCUUCACCAUUGCCAACAGGUUUUCUCUAAGUUGUGCACCAAGGACUCCAGAAGGCUCUUCCUCCAAAAGCUGAACCAGGACCUGAGUGCAGCCCAGCUUGUGGAGAACCAGGGCUGCAAGUGCCUGUCUUCUCCACAGUGGGCCCACUGGGUUCCACUCGUUGGAUGGAGGAUCCACCACGACCAGAAUGGCUUCCCCCUUCAGAUGAGGACGGUUUACCCUCCUCCCACGUCUAUAAUGGGCCUUUGGGGACUGCUGUCCCCUAGUUUUCCUAUGGCCGUGGGUGUGCUCUUGCACCUGCUGACUUCCAAAGCCUUACUUCCCCAAGCUGCCAGCCCAGAGGUCGGAACUGUCCCCCCAGGGUCUCUCUCUCUCUCUCUCUUUUUUUUUUUAAUACAACCCCCUAACAGAUAGGGUGCUGGGAAAGGAAGCUUGGUUAGGAAUUGUCAAAUCUGUUGGUUUUUUUUUUUUUUUUUUUUAAACAAAGUCCCACCCUGCAAUGAAGUGGCCACCCUGGCCUAGAGAGAUAAUAACUGGAUGCAGGCCAGAGUACCCCACCCACAGUGGCCUGGUGCUCUGCCUCCCACCACCCCAACUGUCUGGUCUUGGUAGCUGUCCCUAGAGGGGCUGAGCCAUGUGCAAUAAGAACACAGAUCCUAAAGGAUCCCUGAGAAGCUGUAUUUCUUGAAUUAGAACUCUGAUAUUGUACAUCUAUAAAUAUAUGUUUAUUAUGUGAUUGGCA